AUGGUCAAAAGGCUUGCAGGUCAAUAUGCGUAUAACACGGAAGUAGAGGUCACCGUUAAAGACCUAGAAAUGACUAAACAGAUGCCAAAUAAUGGUAUUUCCGGUUUCAUGUUGUGCUUUAGGGCGAAGGCAGCAAUGAUCACCAGGCCUUUAGAGCGAGAUCAGGUUCGAUGUAUGGCUAAAGGAGUACUUGCUCACAUUCAGGAAAAGCUGGCACCUAUUCCUCUUAGGACUUUCAAGGACUUCAGGGAGUGUGCCUCGAAUCUAGAGAAGCUUGAGCACAAAGAAGGUAGCUUUAAGAGAGGUUCGGUAGAGCUUAAGGACCAAAAAGUUUUAGAGUCAGUUAAGUCGAUCAGAGUCGGUGGGGAAGAUAUUAAAGCUAACAAGACUCUGCUGUCCAUUAAUAAUGAAGGAAAGGGAGGAACCAGGAUCAGCACCAUCAAACCUUACACAAUCUUACAUACUUCUAUAUUUCAAGCUCUUGUUAAAGCUUUUGUCAAAGCUUAUGAUAUUAAACUGAUACCUCCUGUUGUUGAACCACCAUUUGGAGCAUGCUUUCCAUCAUUUAGCGAGGGAUCGGGACCAGAGGUGCCUUUAAUUGAUCUAGUCUUGGAAGGUCAGGGCAGUGUGUACUGGAGGAUUUGGGCCGCAAAUUCACUGGUAAAAAUCAGUAGUACCCUGACGUGUUUGGGAUUUGUUGACGGCGGAGCAGACCCUUUUACCUCAAUUGUCAUUGGCGGGCACCAGAUAGAAGACAAUCUUCUACAAUUUGAUCUUGAUUCUUCAAGACUUGGCUUUAGCUCUUCUCUCUUUCGUAGAAACACCACCUGCUCCAACUUCACCUGAUUGAAUUAUUCCCUAUAACUAAUAAAAAAAUAAAUCAAUAGAUGAAUGUUUGAUGCUUUUACAUUAAAUAUUUAAUACAUAUUUACUAUUUAAAAUUAAUUAAUAUGUAUUAAAUUAAAUAAAAAGUUUCAA